AUGCCUCAACCACCAAGUCCGCCCAGGGAUUACUGGAUAUCAGGCUAUGGCCUAUCUCGCCAUAUCGUUCUUCGACAGCUGCAGUAUUUUUUGGGCCCCUCUGCCACCGUGAGGCCAUAUUCAUAUCAUGGCCGAGAGGGGUUCCUGAUCAAUGGUCCCGAGUUGACCAAGGAGCAGAUCGAGGAUCUCAAACGCCAGUCGGAACAAUACGAAAGGCAGCAAACAAUGCGCAUGUCCAACAAGGCCAGCAGCGGUACCGAUGACGAGGACUGCGACAUCCACGAGAUUGUGAACAUCAAUGCGAGUCGAAGGCACAACUUCGCAGCACAUGCUUCUGCACCCCAUUACAAGCGUUCUCGGUGA